CAGCAACCAUCGCGAGGGAGAGACUUCCUGUUCAGGGAAGCGCCGCGCGGAGAGAGCGAGACCAUGGCUGUCAGUUCUGUGAUCACUGUGGAUCUGAACUCCCUGAAGGACCCAGCCAGGGAUCGGGUGCACCUUCUGCCGGCGAGGGUGGAAUCUGAUGGCAGUGCCAGUGUGGGGCAGUACUUCAGCCCAGCAAUACGGCACAGGGACGGGGCUUUGCAGGUGUCCUUCCGCGGCCGGCCCCUGCUCGGUCGGGAUCUUCCUCUGCCCCCAGGAUACGUCGGGCUCGUUCUCAAAGAGGACCACAGGCCGUGCCUGGAGGAGGAGGACCGGACCGUGAGCGUUACAUCAGCUUUCUGUUCCCUGACGUACUGGAACCUGGAGUCUCGGCCCACAGAAGACGACAGUGUGGCCAUGGCCAUGGGCUGGACCCAGAUUGCCAAAGCUCUCCAUGCUCCGGUGGAGGAUCAGUGAACAGGCUGCAGGGGGGAGCUGGGGAAAGCAACCCGAUUCUGCACCAGCUGGGUCACUCCGAGGGACAGAGGCACCAGCAAUCGUGUGUGCAGAGGGCUCACCCCAUCUUCUCUCCUCACUCCUUUAGUUACCUGAUUCCUGCAGAAAUAAAGAUUCUGUUCCACGCC